GAGGGUUUAAAGGUUGCAGUAGCUGACUAGAAGGAUAAAAAGAGGCUCCACUGGUUCAUGGCGAAGGCCGUGCAUUGAUAGUGUUUCUUCUCUGUGGAUGUGACAUGCAGGGGGAAAGGCUUGGAGCUAUCAGGAGCGUGAUAAGAAGCGGGUUUUUAUCUUCAAUUUCUUUGUCAGGGGACACAUGACUGGACUGCUCAUCUCAAGGGUAGCAGCACCUUGAUGGGAGUGGAUCAGACCUUCAAAUCGUAGGAAGCGUGCAGAUAUAAAGUGUGAUGGAAGGCAACGACUCCCUGGCUUUGCUCUCUGGGGAGCGCCUCAUCUACGCCAUCACCAUCCCACUGUCAACUUCCAUCAUCCUCGCCAACCUCGUCAUCAUCUUGGGCAUUGCCUGGAACCGCCAGCUCCACAACACCCCAAACUACUUCUUCUUAAGCCUGCUGGUGGCGGAUCUCUGCACAGGCGUGGCGCUGCCCUUCAUACCGUUAAUGGGACUGAACCGUGAGUUGAGUUUGAACUCCUGCAUGGUGGCUCACAUUUUCCCAAACUUCCUCUUCCUUGCAUUCCUUUUCAACUUGGUGAUGGUGCACUAUGAGCGCUACAUUUGCAUCGUUGACCCUUUGCAUUACAACAACUUGUGGAUGCAUCGCAGCUUCCCUCUUGCAUUGGUCGUGGUUUGGGCGCCACCGCUUUUGUACGCAUCUCUGCCUGCGUUUGGGUGGAAUAACUGGACAGGACCGGAUUGGAACAGCUGUUGCGCUGGAAGCCAGAAGUUUCUGCCACUUUCAAACUGCUCGACAAACGGAACUGCCUGCUGUUCGUACAGACGGGUAUUCCCAAACGCUUUUAUCUACUUGGAGGUGUACGGACUAGUCUUACCUGCGAUUCUCACCAUUGCUUGCAUGACUGGACGUGUUUUAUGGAUCACCAGAGGCCAGUUGAAGGACAUUUGCCGCCUCCAUCGCUCUGUUGAGCGAGGAACUCAAGCUUCAGAUCGAGAGCAGAGGUUGAACCUCCGUUACACCCGUUGUGUCGUUGCCGUGUCGCUAACAUUUCUCGCGUGCUGGGUCCCCUACCUUAUUUACAUGCAUGUCUGCAUAGCGUUCCUGAUCAGUGACACCAAGUGGAACUCUACCACUCACAUCGUGCUUUCGUGCACUGGCAUCGGAAGUAUGGCCGUGGUGCCGCUGGUGCUUGGUUUAGCCAACAAGCAGUAUACAGAACCGGCGUACAAACUCCUACAGAAGCUCCGAGACAGAUGGAGGCGAAGGACACAGGGUUCAGAGGAGGUGGAUGUCUGAGGAAAUAUGGAUGAAUGUGAAUAUUUAUGACAAUAAAUCUAAGAUAAACUUUGUUAUGAAGGUUGAAGAACUGCAUAAUGCACUGUAUCUUGAUCAAUGCAGGCAGUACGGAGUGUAAUGUUACAGCAGAUAGUACUUUUGCAUUGAUUCUUUCUUAAUUUAUUUACCAUGCUUUACAAAACAUCUCUGUGCAGAGAUAAAUGGAUCUGAUAGGCUUUAAGACAUUUGAUUAAACAAUCUAUCUGGGAUAAUUUUCUCAACAACAACCAGCUUUUGAUUCCUGUCCCUAAUGCUCGCACACUCACUAAGCUAAAGUAAUGUAUUUAUGUUUGGAUUGUAAAACAAUGCCAUUUUUCUGAAUUCAACCAUAAAAAACGUGCUUAAUGUGGAAGCUGGAAAGUAUACUACCACUUUGUUUACAUUCUGAAGAAAGGUUAAUAAAACUAGCCUUGUAUCAGUGUUAUACAUCCUAUAAACACAGCUCAGACAUAAAGCAUGUACUCAUUUCUCCUUGUGUUGCCUGGUUGUAGAUAUUCUCCAUCUGUCACCCACUUGACUGCAAUGUUUACUCCUACUUCCCUCAUGAGUGUUUAUCUAUAUACUGGUAUGCGAGCUGAAGAGGGGAGAGGGAUUCAUCCACGGUCUGUGAUACAUCUGAAAGACAAGGGGAGAUAAAGCUCUGCAAGAACAAAGAAAAUCCAUAUAAAUGAGUCUCUAGAUUCUGAUGAAUGUAAAAGCGUAAAUACUGACGUUGAAAGCUUGAAAGUUUAUUUGCAGCAAAGAUCCAGUCAAGAGAAAUUAAAGUCUUAUUUGGGACUUGAUUGAACACAGAAUCUACCGUAUGCCAUUUGUUUCCUGAAUGUGGUUUAAAUGUGUACACAGCAAGUAUGUGGGUGGAAAGGAGACAGCCGGUAAAUGUGAGCUGAGGAGGAAAAGCGGACGUUAAUCAAAUCAAAGAGCAAACCAGGUACGAAGUGUUACAGGACAAUAGGAGAGACGGGAUAUCAUCAAGACAUCUGUACAUCUUUUGUCUGUGUUGC